AUGCUUGUCGUGUGCCAAGCGACUGUGAUUCGGGCAGACCCAGUGGAUGUUCUGCGGGCUCUGCAGGUCCCCUCGCUCCCCGAGGGCGUGAAGAAAGUCCCCGGCUUCUGCGCGUCCCGCCGCUCCGGCAGCCCCGACCACGCGUACCGCAUCACCAAGAAGGCCCAGAUCUCUGCCCCCACCAAGCAGCUCUUCUCAGGUCGAUUCCCAGAGAACUUCUCCAUCAUGGCUCUAGUCAAGGCCCAGGCUGGUCUCCAGGCCUUCCUCCUCUCCAUCUACAGCGAGCAGGGCAUCCAGCAGCUGGGCAUUGAAAUGGGACGCUCCCCUGUUUUCCUGUACGAGGACCAGAACGGCAAGCCGGCCCCUGAGGACUACCCGCUGUUCAGAGGCGUCAACCUGGCUGAUGGCAAGUGGCAUCGCAUCGCUAUCUCCGUUUCGAAGAAGAAUGUGACUCUGCUGCUGGACUGCAAGAAGAAGAUGACCCGCGCCCUGCCCCGCGGCAACCACGCAGUGGUGGACACCAACGGCAUCACGGUGUUCGGAGCCCGUCUGCUUGACGAGGAGGUCUUCCAGGGAGACAUCCAGCAACUGCUGAUCGCCUCCAACCCCCAGGCUGCCUACGACUUCUGUGAACACUACAGCCCUGACUGUGACUCCCCGCUGCCCAAGACCCAGUCUCAGGACCCCAACACAUACUACUUUGAUGAGGAGCAGGAUGACCAUGAAUACCCCUAUUAUUAUGAGGAAACAACGGGCGUUCCCUCCUCCUCUGCGUCCCCUCCCCAAUUCCUGUCUUGGAACUUGACCAAUCAGGAUGUAGACACUGAAUAUUCCGAGGCUGGCCACACCCCGACAGAGACUGAUUAUUACUAUGAGGAGACGGUGCCAGAGGGUGAGGUGAUUGGACAAGAAGAGAUCCCUGCACAGGUGGAGACAGUGUUGGUGGGAGAGGAGGUAGAUGCCACCAAGGCAGGCGGUGUGGGCGAGGAGGCCUUCACCGAGGAGUAUGUGACCGGGGACGUGGGCCUUAAGGAAUACGACUAUUCCUACAGGGACUACAAUGAGCCAAUACUGGAGACCGGGGAGGUCGAUGCCAACAUGGGCCCCGCCCUGUCCGCUGUGACAGACGAGGGAGGCGCCGCCGUCAGAGGCCAGAAGGGAGAGAAAGGAGACCCGGCUGUCUUGGAGCCUGGUAUGCUGAUUGAAGGACCUCCUGGACAUGAGGGACCUGCUGGCCCUACUGGCCCCACCGGCUCCUCUGGACCCCCUGGCUCUGCUGGUGACGCUGGCGAGAGGGGCCCUACUGGUAGGGCUGGUCUCCCUGGAGCUGAUGGAGUCCCUGGACCUCCUGGAACCUCAGUCAUGCUGCCUUUCCGUUUCGGUCAGAGUGGAGGAGAUAAGGGUCCUUCCGUUUCGGCACAGGAAGCUCAGGCAGCAGCCAUCUUGUCUCAGGCCAGGAUGGCUCUGAAAGGACCUCCUGGACCAAUGGGAUUCACUGGGCGCCCCGGACCCCUGGGAAAUCCAGGUAGUAAUGGUCUGAAUGGAGAUGGUGGAGACCCCGGUCCUCAGGGCUCCAGGGGACCCCAGGGUAUGAUGGGUCCUCAAGGCAAAUCAGGAAGAAGAGGCCGUGCUGGAGCUGAUGGAUCCAGAGGCAUGCCAGGAGAGUCUGGAACUAAGGGCGACCGUGGUUUUGACGGCCUUCCUGGUUUACCCGGCGACAAAGGACACAGGGGUGACUCAGGACCGUUGGGACCCGUAGGGACUCAAGGGGAGGACGGAGAGAGGGGAGACGAUGGAGAAGUUGGACCCAGGGGUGUCCCAGGUGAAUCAGGACCUCGUGGUUUGCUCGGACCCAAAGGUCCUCCUGGAAUCUCUGGACCUCCUGGUGUACGAGGGAAUGACGGUCCCCACGGUCCCAAGGGAAACCUGGGUCCCCAAGGAGAGCCAGGACCUCCAGGUCAGCAGGGAACCCCAGGAACUCAGGGAAUGGCAGGACCUCAAGGAGCCCUCGGACCCCCGGGAGAGAAAGGUCCCACAGGAAAACCAGGUCUACCAGGAAUGCCUGGAGCCGACGGCCCUCCAGGUCACCCAGGAAAGGAGGGGCCUUCUGGCACCAAGGGAAACCAGGGUCCCAACGGCCCCCAGGGUUCUAUCGGCUAUCCUGGCCCUCGUGGCAUCAAGGGAGGUCAAGGAAUCCGUGGACUGAAGGGCCACAAGGGAGAGAAGGGAGAAGAUGGUUUCCCUGGAAUCAAGGGAGAUUUUGGUGUCAAGGGAGAGAGGGGUGAGCUUGGAAUGUCAGGGCCCAGAGGAGAGGAUGGUCCAGAGGGGCCAAAGGGUCGCUUCGGACCCCCCGGUGAGAUCGGACCACUUGGACUGGUUGGAGAGAAGGGUAAACUUGGUGUUUCUGGACUUCCUGGAUAUCCCGGAAGACAAGGACCGAAGGGAUCUCUUGGAUUCCCAGGAUUUCCCGGCACAAACGGCGAGAAGGGAACGAGGGGUCUUGGUGGAAAAUCAGGACCGAGAGGACAAAGAGGACCAACGGGCCCCAGAGGGCAGAGAGGACCGAGGGGCACAACGGGGAAAUCCGGAGCAAAGGGAACUUCGGGAAGUGACGGCCCUUCUGGUCCUCUUGGAGAGAGGGGAUUGCCCGGACCUCAGGGAGCUAAUGGUUUCCCUGGACCAAAGGGACCUCCGGGACCACCAGGAAAGGACGGGCUGCCUGGACACCCUGGGCAGAGAGGAGAAGUUGGUUUCCAAGGUAAAAUGGGUCCACCUGGACCUCCUGGAGUCGUUGGACCUCAGGGUCCAUCAGGAGAGACCGGCCCCAUGGGUGAGCGUGGCCACCCUGGACCCUCAGGUCCACCUGGAGAGCAGGGACUUUCUGGUCCCUCAGGGAAGGAGGGCACCAAGGGAGACCCUGGACCCUCCGGAGGCCCCGGCAAAGAUGGGCCCCCAGGACUGAGAGGCUUCCCUGGGGAGAGAGGACUACCUGGAACCCCUGGAGGUGGAGGACUGAAGGGAAGUGAAGGACCUGCCGGACCUCCUGGACCAGCUGGGUCUCCUGGUGAGAGGGGGCUAGCUGGUACUGCUGGACCUGUUGGACCUCCUGGCAGACCAGGCCCUCAGGGGCCUCCUGGGUCAUCUGGAGAGAAGGGAGUCCUUGGUGAGAAAGGUCCUAUUGGCCCGGCCGGUCGUGAUGGAGUGCAGGGUCCCGUGGGUCUGCCUGGCCCUGCCGGAUCACCUGGAGUACCCGGAGAGGACGGAGACAAGGGUGAGGUUGGAGAGCAUGGGCAGAAGGGCGGCAAGGGAGGAAAAGGAGAGCAUGGCCCUCCUGGUCCACCCGGGCCAAUGGGGCCUGUCGGUCAGCCUGGUCCUGCUGGUGCUGAUGGAGAGCUUGGACCAAGGGGCCAGCAGGGGCCAUUUGGAGCUAAAGGUGACGAAGGAACCAGAGGAUUCCCAGGAGCCCCAGGACCCAUCGGACUGCAGGGAUUGCCAGGACCACCAGGUGAGAAGGGAGAGACAGGAGAUGUUGGACCUCUGGGUCCUCCAGGUCCCCCAGGACCCCGUGGCCCCGCUGGACCCAACGGUGCUGACGGUCCUCAAGGUCCUCCCGGUGGUUUGGGUAAUCCUGGACUUAUUGGAGAGAAGGGAGAACCUGGGGAGGGCGGACCACCUGGAAUCGUAGGGGAGUCAGGAAAGAAGGGUCCUCGUGGAGAGCGCGGAGAGAAGGGAGAAUCCGGACAACCUGGAACUGCUGGACCUGCUGGAGGACGAGGAGGACCUGGAGAUGACGGACCCAAAGGAAACCCUGGUCCAGUUGGUUUCCCCGGUGAUCCUGGUCCCUCUGGUGAGGUUGGACCCAGAGGUCACGAUGGCGCCAAGGGAGAGAGAGGAGAAGAUGGUGAACAAGGAGAAUCCGGCUCCCCCGGACCUCCUGGUGAGAACGGACCUCCCGGCCCCCUAGGAAAGAGGGGCCCUGCUGGAACAAGAGGACCAGAGGGACGUCAUGGAGAGAAGGGAACCAAGGGAGACUCAGGUGCUGUCGGCCCCCCGGGAAAAACCGGCCCCGUCGGCCUUCAGGGUCAACCAGGAAAACCAGGAACAGAAGGCCUCAGAGGACUCCCGGGAUCAGUGGGUGAACAAGGAUCUCCAGGACUUGCUGGACAGAAAGGACCACCUGGACCCAUCGGACCUCCUGGUUUGCUUGGUCUGCGUGGAGACCCCGGUGCUAAAGGAGAGAAGGGACACCCAGGUCUUAUCGGUCUCAUUGGGCCCCCAGGAGAGCAGGGAGAAAAGGGAGACAGAGGUUUUCCCGGGCCUCAGGGAUCCUUUGGAUCUAAAGGAGAGUCUGGAAUGUCUGGAGGCACCGGACCCCUCGGCCCCGCUGGUCCUCCUGGUCUGCCUGGUCCUCAAGGUAUCAAGGGAGCUAAGGGUUCUUCUGGUGGAUCUGGUCCAAAGGGUGAAAAGGGUGUACAAGGACCUCCUGGACCUCCUGGCCCAGCAGGUGAGGUCAUUCAGCCCCUGCCCAUCCAGAGGAGUCCCAAGUCCAAGCGCUCCAUCGACGCCAGCCAGCUGCUCCCCGACACCGACUUCGACGUGCCACAGUCCGACGCCACUGGCACCGAGUUCCUGAUGAGCACUGAAGGCAUGGAGGAGAUCUUCGGCUCGCUCAACUCACUGCGACAGGAGAUCGAGACCAUGCGUUUCCCUCUUGGCACCCAGGACAGUCCUGCACGCACCUGCCAAGACCUGCACCUCAGCAAGCCGGAGCUCAAAGACGGAGAAUACUGGAUUGACCCGAACCAGGGCUGCUCCAGAGACUCCUUCAAGGUCUUCUGUAAUUUCACCAGCGGAGCAGAAACCUGCCUGUAUCCCAGCAAGAGCAUCAACACGGUGAAGAUGAGUUCCUGGGACAGCGAGACUCCAGGAUCCUGGUACAGCCAGUUCACCACUGGUAGUAAGUUCUCCUACGUGGACUCUACCGGUGAGCCUGUGGGCGUGGUCCAGCUGGGUUUCCUGCGUCUCCUCAGCAUCCAGGCCCGUCAGAACCUCACCUACCACUGCCACCGCUCAGUGGCCUGGGCCGACCGCAGCGCCAAGAACAACUACAACAGGGCGCUGCACCUCCAGGGAGCCAACAACGAGAAGCUGAGCUACGAGACCAACCCUUACAUCAAGGCCUUGGUCGACGGCUGCUCUUAUCGUAAGGGCUUUGACAGAACAGUCCUGGAGAUCAACACACCACAGGUGGAGCAUCUCCCUCUGCUGGAUAUCAAGGUGUCAGACUUUGGGGAGAGCAACCAGCAGUUUGGCUUUGAAGUGGGACCUGUCUGUUUCCAAGGCUAAAAUACACACACACACACACACACGCACACACACUCACACACACUCACACAUCCACGCAUCAUGCAAAGAAACAACAUGUGCAAAUACUCACACGCACACACAUGCACUUAGAGACACACCUAUAUAUAUAUAUAUAUAUAUAAGAAACAUACACGCCCAGUAAUUUGUAAAUGAACUUGUAAAUGAUAUGAAACACACACCCACACAAACCCAAGGACACACACACACACACACACAUUUACACACGCAGAUGUUUUUUGUGAGACAAACACUCACUCUCAAGCACGUGCCUGGGGAAAGCGACAUCCUCCCAACAAUUAAUGGACGUCAAAAAAAAAGCAAAAAGAAAAGCAAAGAGGAGAGAAAUGACGAAAAGGAACCACCGUUUGGGCGGAAAAAGAAAGAAACCCAGGAGAGAGAGUUCUUUGGAAUAAAACAGUGUUUUCUUGACCAGCAGCGAAAGGGGCCGGCCUGGGAAAGAGGGCACGCCGCACCCCGUCUCUGAUCCACCCCUCUCACUCGUCUCUCCUCCCCACAGUCUCUCUUGUAUUUUCCACUCAUCUCGCCUGCUCUACCUCCCCCCACCUCUUCUCAAACAUCGGUCACACUUGGACACUCUUUCCAUUUCUUGUUCACACUGCGAGCAACAUGGCCGACAGUCACCCUCUCAUGGCCGACAGGAGGUGAGCUGGUGGGCUUUGGGCCACCGUCGUCACAUGAAACGCGGUUCAGAAUGGACUUUCGACCUGUUUUGCACUUGCCAGAAGUCCUCACAUCAAACCAAACGAGUAGUCAGCGAGUUCUGUAAGAAAUGACUUGUCAGUCAUGUUGUUCCCGUUUCCUUCUCGCCAUGUUUCACUCUUUUUCUACUCUAGAUAAUCUCUCCUCAGCCCCGAGAGCAGCAGACUGUCUCUCUUUGAAUUGUUCAUUCGUCACCGCUGAACAAAACCUGCAGCCAGGCGGGAUGGCAGAUCCUGGAUCAGUGAAUUAAAAGCCAUUCCUUUUUGUGAACUGUGCUGAACUUGACGCAAUCAUUGCUCGCGUGUUACUGGAGUCUUUUUUUUAAAGGGGCUGAAGCUUCUUCUUCAGAUCACAGACCGAGCCACCGGGGUCGCUUCCACGCACCAGUCCAGUAUUUGCUGAGUCACUUUCUGGGUACUUUGAUUGUUGAUUUCCAUCCAGAAUACAUUUUCAGAUUUUGCAUCCUGGCGCCGAACAUCGUCAGGGUUUAAAUAUGUAUUUGAGAUUCAAAGUUCCCUCCUCCCUUUUCCAUACAGCAGUGAAUAAAACGCAUGCUUUAUGAAAGAAACUGUGUGGCAAGGUGCUAAUUAUAACAAAGUAUAACACUUUUAGUAGCCACUUUGAGUCCUUCAUUUUCUUUAGUCUCUUUUACAAUUUCAUGAAGCUUUUUACUGGGGAAAAUGUGCAUUACAUUCCAUUUGUACAGAAAUAGUGAUAUUCUAUUGUAUUUAUUUAAAACAAACAGGGUGCUUUGAGAUUGAAUAAUACACGGACCACAAAAUAUUCCAGUCAAAUGUGGUAUGUUCCAUUUGUAUUUAUUUCCUGACCCUUGGCGGUCAAGUGAAGCGAGUGACUCGCAGGUUAAACUCAGUGACGGUGCUUCUUUUCACGCCCUGUCCAAACUCCUUUUGUAGACCCAAAGAAUCUGUGGCCAUAUCUUAUUGUAACAUCCCCUCUUAGUGUUUUCAACAACUGUACUGUGCUGUUAAAUGUUGCUUCCUCUGUCAUGAUUAAAUGGUGACUCUCCAGUUCUGUCACAUUUCCUUGUCGUCGCUACUGUUUGACCUUUUGAGGCUCGGGUUAACCGGAACACAGUCUACCGGGUCCGCCCCUGCAUUGCUCUCUAACUUGUGACACACAAGCCUCUUCUGAAUUUCUAUCCGAGACCACGGCGGGUAAGAGCACAGUUGUGAGAGGGAGGAGACGGCCCCGUCAGCCACCAUGGGGUUAAAAGGGAUGAAUAUUAUUGUUUGUAAGUACACCGUGGCUGUGGGGUGAGGUCGUUCUGGUUUUAUUUUUAAUUUUUUUUUAAUGUUUGUCUUUUUUAUUUUUAUGAUUACAAUAGCAGGGAAACGGGGGCAGCAUGAUUAAAUCUAAAAAAGAAAAUCACAAAUCUGACCGUGAGAUUCUCCAGAGUGAAUGACCUCAAAUAUUUGUCUGUUUUUUUGGUGCUGACAGCAAACGUUUCAACACAAAACACAAACAUGGUGCUGAAA